AAAUAGCCAUAGGAAGGAAUGCUGGUCACAUCGUGAUCUCUUCGGCGCGAUGGUCUUUUGGUCAACACUGGCAAAGCCGCCAUUUUUGACUCGGGCAGCAUCUUCUCUCAGACACCCCCCAGACACUGCAGGCUCAGAUUCAGUGUUAAUAGCGAUGAGAUAGAGACAGCCACGGCCUUACAUAUUGCUCUAAAACAACUAGACGGCUUCGGCCACGCGUUAGAAGAAAAAGCCCGAAGACAGACGGUUUUGUAAGCUAUCUCCAUAAUAUAAACAUAUGCUAUUAUCGUCAUCGAUCAUCGUCCCAAUCGUGUUGUCGUAAUCAAAAGCGGACGCGAAGUUGACCGGGUUAAUGUCAUCGAAUCCAGAGGACAAGCCCGUAUAGAGACUAGCUAAGCCAAUAGCGUGGAGAUCAGCUGAUAAAGCCCGCCGCUUUCUCGUUCAGCGAGCAAAUCAAAAGAGAGCUAGCGGGCUCGCCCUACCACCUGCUUGUGUGUCUGUGAAGGAGGGGUGUUCUUGCUCUGCUUCUGCGAGGCGGAGAAGGACGGCAGGUCGACCAAAGGCGCUGCGUUACCAGUCACCGCACUCACCAUGGCGGCGGUGGCGGGCUUCCGUGCCUCUUACCAUCGACUCUUGGACCGGAUCGAGCUAAUGUUGCCUCCGCGGCUGCGCCCUAUGUAUAACCAUCCUGCAGGUCCCAAAACAGUGUUUUUCUGGGCACCUGUUAUGAAAUGGGGUUUGGUCUGUGCUGGAAUGGCUGAUAUGACUAGGCCAGCAGAAAAACUCAGCACAUCACAGUCGGCAGUGUUAAUGGCCACAGGACUUAUCUGGUCAAGAUACUCCUUAGUUAUUAUUCCUAAAAACUGGGGUCUAUUUACUGUUAAUUUCUUCGUGGGAUGUGCUGGUGGCUCUCAGCUGUACCGUAUAUGGAGGUAUAAUCAAGAGCUAAAAGCCAAGGAGAAGGAAGAGAAGCAGCAGCAAUAAAAAUGUAAUUCAUCUCUUCACAUUUCAGUUGUGAACUCUUUCAAGGGACCUAGUUGUAAUCUUGUGCAGUUGUCCAGGCUGAAUUUUUACAAAUGUUUGAGCAUGUUUUUAUAUAAACUAAAAAACAUCUCUUUACACAAAUAAAGUUUGACGACUAUAAUAAAA